UAUCUUAAAAGUGUAGUUGCAUAUAAUCUUGAUCCUAACCUCAUUCUGGUCUAACCUAGAAGGUUUCUAGUUUGAUCUAUUUUCUUUUGGAUUUUCGUCAAUAUUAUAUUUAAUUAUAUCUGAUUAUAUCAAAAAAUUGACAAAAUUAUUUUAAAAAAUCGACCGAACGUCAUCCAAGCGUUGUAUAAACUCAAGGAGAAGUCAAAGGCGCACAACUCCCACCGAUCGGUGGAAAUCGCUUUUAAAAGGAAGGUUUUCAUCAACGUUAAUAGAUAACAGAAUGUAUUAUUGAGCAUUUAGCUUGCGUCGGAUACGAGUGUAUGUACAUACAUCUGUCGCGACAUGUCUGUUAAGCUUUUGCGCUAUCUCGUCAGCGACUUUAUUCCGAAAGGUCAACAUGUUCGUCACGGCCAUCGGAUACGAGGAAAACCACCGACGAUCGCCCGUACCUUGAAACAGCGUCUCGAGGAACUGAAUCGAGAAGACCCGACUUUGGAUUUCAAGGUGAACAUUGGUUAUCUGGUGACCAAGACCACCAGACGCUCGAUAACGAGCGAUUGGAUGAACAUGAUCAUAGCACGCAGGAACAACGCCGAGCUCGAGAAAUCGUCGCGCGCCAGGAAGCUGUUGGUGGAUCUAAAGAUAGUGAAAGAGGACUGGCUACAAAUGGAUGGGCCCUCUCACAUUCAUAGAAUAGCGAAGCACUAUGGCAUUUACAAUGAUCUGUACGGAGACGCUUACUUUAUGCCAGUAGUCCCACUGAACGUAAGCUACGAUCUAGAGGAUGACAAGCUGGUAAAGGUUUACACCGGUAACGUGAUCAAGCCAAGCGAGGCUUCUAAGGCACCUGAUGUAACAUACAAUGCAGAGGAUGGAACACUGUGGAGCCUGAUAAUGUGUACGCCAGAUGGUAACUUGACCAGUAAAAACAAUGAAUAUUGUCACUGGUUCAUCGGCAAUAUUCCUGGGAAUCGUUUGAAGGAAGGAGAAGAGUUAGUGGAUUAUCUGCAACCAAUAGCGCCAUAUGGCAUUGGCUACUGCAGAUACAUCUUUGUGCUUUACAAGCAGAAUCAUAGCAUAGAUUUCUCGGAAUACAAGAAAGCUAAGCCCUGCUUGAAUUUGGAGGACCGUAACUGGAGAACGCUGGACUUUUAUAGAAAAUAUCAGGACCAAUUGACUCCUGCUGGUUUGGCGUUCUUCCAGUCAGAUUGGGACCACUCGCUAAAGGAAUUUUAUUACAAUACGCUAAAAAUGAGAGUACCGAUAUUUCGGUAUAAUUUCCCUAAACCAUAUAUAAAGAAGCAAACGUGGUUUCCUUUGAAGGAACCCUUUAAUAUUUAUUUGGAUAAAUAUCGCGAUCCCAAACAAAUAAAAAAGGAAUUUCUGUUGAGAAAAUUGAAGAAGGUUCAUCCCUUCGACGGGCCAGAGCUAUCAAGAAGAUUCCCAUUGGCUCAUCUUGAUAGAAAAUAUAUACCCUCCUGGCUGAAAUUCGAGAUAAUAAAGAAGACGCUGGGAUACGGUCAUGUUAACGACCUCGAUGAAUACUAGAUUUAUACUGAUUGAUAAUGCAGAAUAUUAUACAAUAAAUAAAAAUUGUUUUCAAAUGUUG